AUGGAGAAGAUUGUCCGUACAGUGUACCGGCAACUCUACAAGAAGGCUGCUAGUGUCGACAAGGACAUCGCGUUGCGGUCUGUUUUGACGUGUUCGCCGCAGCGGGUGUAUGAUCAUCGCCGCGGGGUGUGGGUCGCGUUUGAUGUGGCGAAGCAGGCAGGAUGGCCAGAGUCCCGCAUCUUCCUCGACAGCCUCAUUCGUAGACUGAAUCGCGGCUGCGAGUUCUACAUACCACAGAAUGGGUGCGACGCUGACGGCAGGUCUGGCAGUGACAGUGAUAGAGGUGUCGCCGACGGCGGCCGCAGCGGCAGCGGCGGGAAUGAAUCCUCCCUCUCACUUCUGCAGGUCCUUCGGAAGUCCUUUGAGGAGACGCCGUUUUCAAUUACUCAGAUGAAUAACGCAUUUGCGGCAUUGAAGGAACUUGCGUAUGUGACGGAAAUGGCGUCAAAGCACUACGGUUCAGGAGUGUUGCCGCCCCAGGAAGCCAAAACGCUUCCGACACCCAAUCUCACAGUGGUAGACAAAGUGGAGGGGAUGCACAACGUGUCCCUCACAAAAGGGCUAUCGGAUGUGUUGGAGCGGCUUACUGGUGACCAGCGAGGCAUUCCGAGCCGCACCUCCGAGAAGGAUGUGCGUGUAAAGGAGGAGAGUGAAAACGUGGCAGGGAAGGACGACGAUGACGACGAGGGAGAGGAGCAUGAAAACGGGGCUGCAGCUUUGUCUGGCAAGAAGCCAAAUAAAACACCCUUUGACACACCAAACUCAGUUCACAUGCUUUUGGCACAUCCCCAGCUGUACGACUUUUUCCGUUACAGCGUCAUGAUAGUUAUCCGUUCCACCCCAAAUGACUCUGCAGCUUGUGUGCUGAACAAGCCGCUGGAAAAUGAUGAGGGCAUGCCGAUGCCUGUGAAUGCCACGAUCCGUCUGAACCACGUUCAUCCUAUUUUUGGCAAACAUCUUGCGAAUCACACGGUGAUGAUUGGAGGCCCUGUUAGCCGCGGCUCCUUUGACUCGAGCAUUCUCUUGCUGCAUCGCAUUCCAGAUGUGGAAGAUGCGAUCCCAAUUUCCCACUCGCUGUGGGUGGAUGGGAACUACGACGUGCUGCAGAAGAAGCUUGAGGACGGCACCGCCGACGCGAAUGACAUCAUUGUGAUUUGCGGCUUUAGUGGAUGGGGAGGGGAACAACUUGCGGGGGAGAUACGCUCCGGCACGUGGGUUGUGGCGCGCGGCAGCACCGACGAUCCCGCGAUGGAUGACUUUAUCUUUGCACUUGCAAGAUACACCGGGGCCCCGUCUAUUGCAGCCGCACCACAACCAUCGCUGUCCUCAUCGGAAAUAAAAGCCACGCAGAUGUCGUCAGCGGGACAAAACCGUAAUCGAGGUGUUGCGGUGUGGUCGUGGGCCUACAACGCGCUUGGGUCACCAUACACGGAUCUUGCUCGGAAUCAGAAGCCCCUCAUGCAAGGACCACAAGAUAAGUAG